GACAUGAUACGGGAUAGGAUUUGAUCAAUCAAAACCCGUGAAUCUUGAUGAAAAAACCCGUUGAUUGAUUCUAAAUUUUCUGGUACUAUGCUUUCCAGCAUAGCAUACCCAAAAACAAGCUUUUAUACUUUUAUAACUUUAUACGAAACCGAGAGAAUGACCUGCGAGGUGAAUCAACCGUGGUCCAAUGUGGCCAAAUGAGUUGCCACAUGGCAAAUGGUGCCUUUGGGCUACAUCCCCAAUAGUCAAAAGUCAAAAGUCAAAAUCUUUGCCCAACAAAGGUACCAUUAGAACAAGUCGAAUAUCUACAGAUGGAGAUUUGGGUAUGACUGUCAAGUCUCUUCCAAUUUCAUCCAGCUUCAAUGGUCUCACGGGGGUUCGACUCGUAAAUGUGCACUGAGUUGAUUUCCAUUCACAAUGUUCUUAGCUUAUAUGAUUACUUCUUUCCAAGCUAAUAUUACACCAAAAAGGUUAUUAUUUUCUCUUCGCUUCAUCUCCAUGCAACGAUCUAUACAGCAUAACUCACAUGUCUUGGGAAAUUUGAGUUCUUUUACCCAUCUCUUACACCAUUCCUUUCAGACUAAGAGUCUCAGGGCCACAAAGAGUCUUCAUGCUCAUCUGCUCCGAACAGGGUUAAUAUUCUCCUCUCUUAACCUUCACAUCGAACUAAUUUUAAACUACGCCACAUGCCUUGGCAAUACCACCUUUCAGACAAUAACUAACUUGAUUGGCUUUAUGGACCCUACCAACCUGAUACCAUUCACUGCUCUCAUUUCUGGUUUCUCUCGCCGGGGCGUCCCUAACUUCGCUCUCCAGACCUGCUCUUUCAUGCAUGUUAGAGGCAUUCCCUUGGACGGAUAUGUUUUGUGUAGCUCUUUAGCUGCUUCAUCUUCGAUCAAGAUGCUGAGAUUUGGUAAACAGAUACAUGCCCAUGUAUCAAAAUCAGGUUGGUCCUCUAGUGUCUAUGUGGGUACUGCAUUGGUUGAUUUGUAUGUGAAAUCGUCCAUGAUAAAUGAUGCAUGGAAUGUAUUUGUUGAAAUCCCACUAAAGAAUACGGUGUGUGUGAAUGCUCUUUUAUCGGGUUAUGCAGAAGCUGAGUUGUGGAUUGAGGGACUUGAGUUGGUGCAGAGGAUGCAAAUGUAUGGGUUGGAUUAUGAUCACAUCACCUUGUCUGCAUUGCUACGUAUAUGCACUGGACUAGCAGCAAUUGAAUUGGGUAGGCAAGUGCACGCUAAUAUGAUCCGUAGAACUUCUUAUCUGGAGAGAGAUGUGUUUCUACAGAGUUCACUGGUUGAGAUGUAUGGGAGAAGUGGGCUAGUGGAGAAAGCACGGCAUGUGUUUGAUUUGUCUGGGAUUAGACAAGAAGGAAAUGAAGGGGGAAAAAGAGAUGUUGUUUUAUGGACUUCAAUGCUUUGUUCAUAUGGUAAAAAUGGGCGGUUUGAUGAAGUGAUUAGGUUGUUUGACAAUAUGGUAAUGAAAGGGAUAAAGCCUGAUGAGGUGGCUUUUGUGGUGGUAAUAUCUGCUUGUGGUCAUAAUGGGCAAGUGAGCCUUGGGAUUGAGUAUUUCAAGUCCAUGGCUCGUGACUUCAAGUUGGAACCUGGCCCAGAGCAUUAUAGUUGUGUGGUUGACUUGCUUUGCAGGGCAGGCGAAUUAGAGAUGGCAUGGAGUUUAGCAAGUGAGAAUGCUAGUAAUAGCAUUUCUAUGUGGGUGGCAUUGCUUAGUGCUUGCAACAAUUUUGGGAACAUUGAACUGGGCAAGUUGGCUGCUCAAAAGGCGCUUGAAUUAGAUCCUCAGAAUUCUGGAAUUUAUGUUUUGUUGUCCAAUCUAUAUGCAAGGUUUGGUAUGUGGGAUGAGCUUGAGAAAUUGAGGGAGUUGAUGAAGGAAAAAGGAUUGAAAAAAGAUGUAGGAUGCAGUAGGAUAGAGGUCAAAAGUUGAAUUAUAGUGAACAUCUCUGUAUUUUCCUUAAUAUUUUUUGGGCAAGGUUCUAGUGUUAUGAAUCAUUUUUUUCUAUGUCAUCAGUAGGAUCUGAGCAGGCACUAAAAUUUUGCCAAAAUCUUUUGAUCAUGGAUCCUGAUUUGUCUUAUAGAAUGGAAUGAUAAAACAAGAUUCAUGUAGUCGAUCCCAUAUGAUAGGGACAAACCUCAGAUGUUGAUGAUAAUGAUCAGUAGGAUCUGAGAAGAAAUUUAUGGAAUAAACAAAUUGUGGUCUGUUUGCUUUGCAGGAAUAGAGGUUCAGAAUCAGAAUCAAAAUAGUCCAUUUCAAUUCCAACCAUUUGGUUGGAUGGAACCGGAAUUUGAUUCCUAUUCCCAGCAGAAUGGCAUUCCCCCAUUUGAGGGAAUGGCCAUUGUUGCCCCCUCCCUUGGGAAUGGGAAUCCCAUUCCAGCUGGUUUAAAAAGAAAAAAAGCAAAUAAUAAAAAAACCCCAAACUGAACAGGACAGUGUUGCUCUCUCUCUCUCUCUCUCCUUCCCCCGUUUUCUAGACCACCAUUCUCAAGUGCAGACAUAUAUAAUCCCAUCCCUGCAACCAUUAAGAGCAGCAUGAAUCAAGGUAUGAUCAAUUUUAUUUGUUUUAUUGUUUUCUUUACUGGUUUUUUAUGUUGGGCUAGUCAAGACAAUUGUUGAGCAUUAUAUGGUAAAGAUGUUAGGAAUUUUUUUUUAGUUGCCAUUCUGCAAUAAUAGUGUUUGUUGAAAUGCCUUAGUUGUCUGUUCACCUCCAUGAAGAAUAUUCUUGUCUCCCCAUAAGUUAGAUAGUAUCAUCUCUUAUGUUCUUCUCUUUGCUAACUGAACAAAUGGUUAAUCUCUUAAGUUGGACCCAUUCAACUAUAACUAUUGUUCUCAUGAGAAUAUAGAAGUUGUUUCUGACAAUCUGCUCUAACCUUAACGGCAGAUGUGUAAAUCAGGCUAUGUGUCAAACACAGAAGCUGGAUGAGUGAUAUGGUUUCUCCUCUUCAUAGUAUUUGGCACAAUGUAUGAAGAGUAGGAUUUCUUUUCAAAAAAAAAAAAAAAAAAAUGAAGAGUAGGGCUGCUUCUUAGAGGAUCUCCCUGCUCUGCAAUUUCGCAUGACACCGAAUGCUACCACCGUCAACGGCUGCGUCAUUGGCACUAAACAGUUGACUGGUUAGUAGGGUGCUCAUCUCAUCAACCCCGGCAUACUCCGAAAUCUGAAAUUGAAAUACCAUCUUCAUUUCAUUGGUUAGGAGGUACAGAUUGAUUCCAAAAUGCUUGUUAAAAAGAUUGAUCAUGAAAGACACCCAAAGCACAGGCUCAUGCUGGGUCACAUCGAUGAUUGUGAUCGAUGCAAGGAAUGAGGGAUCAGAUUGUGUUGCCAAUGUGAGGAGUGCAAAUGUGCAAUAAUUUGUAUCUCGUGCAAUUCACUAUUGUUCCAUCCACCACAUAUUAUACGAAAGAACCCUUGAAUUUCGCAGGGACCCGGGCAAUGUAUACUGCGAAGAAUGCACAAAGAGCAUAAAUGGAUUAUCGUACCACAGCACUACAGCAGCGGCGGCAAAGGUUAUGCCUUGCACUCGUCUUGUGCUACACCGCCACUAUUCUGCGAAGCGAAACUGAUGGAGUGCAAUUAGUUCUUAAGAAAGCAUCUCCUCUAAGUGCAUCAUCCUCUGUGGAAGAAAUGUGUUCUUGAAUGUCUCCUGGGAGAGAAUCACAGGCUGGGCAUAUGAGUCCAAAUGUGGCGAGUACUGUUAUCAUUCCUCGUGUAUCGGACGAAGCAGCGUUUUUGACCUUAACCAUGAUGAGAAUCAAAAGAAAUAAAGAAUAAACCAGUGUUCGGAAGAAGGGUUUCUAGUUCCCAGUUGCAGCGCCAAGCUGUGGAGGUUUGACAAGAAGGACGCUUUCGAGGAUCGCAGAGCUGGUUCUCAAGUUUAUAACCACAAGCAGAUAUUACCACCACAAAAGUAUCACUUUCAUUGCCAUGCUAUCGAACAAUUAUGCAUCUGUUUAGCAUCGAUGCCAUUGCCUCCAGAAAACGAUAAUACAUCAGUGUUAUUUCAGGAAAUAUUAAUAUGUUUAGAAACAUUUUUCCAUAAAAAAUGGUGUUCUAAGCUAAGCCUUGAAAACCGAGAUGGUAUGGUUUAGAGCAACACCAAAUUUAAU